UGAUAGACACAAGUUCCGGGUCUAUUCCUUAGAAAACCUACUGUCAAGAAGUCAGCUGAUUUUGAUAGACACAAGUACCGGGUCUAUUCCUUAGAAAACCUACUGUCAAGAAGUCAGCUGAUUUUGAUAGACACAAGUACCGGGUCUAUUCCUUAGAAAACCUACUGUCAAGAAGUCAGCUGAUUUUGAUAAACACGAGUGCCGUAAGAAAGAGCAUUCUUGGAGCGUUCUAUACUGCAAAUAUUUCGCAAUCCAAUAGUUUAGCGGCAAAUUAGGAAAAAAAUUUUCAGAAUGAGUAAUGAUGCAGAAGUGCCGUUCACCAAAAAGAUGCGAAUUGUCACCAGAGAAAUUCACAAUGUCAGUGAUGCCCUGAUUAAUGCCAAGCUUGGAAUUGCAAUGUCAGAAAAUCAUGUAUGGGCCGAGGGAUUGCUGGUGUUUUAUGAGAUAUUCCGAUACCUAGAAGGAGCCAUGGACCGUUACUCUCACACACUAAUUGGCGAAUUAGAUGUUCCUGGUAUGCGACGUGCCGAAGCUUUUGAAAAGGACCUGACAUACUACAUGGGCUGUGACUGGAAGAAGAACUAUUCUCCACGAGAAAGUGUGUGCGAGUACUUGAAACACUUAGAGACAAUUGAAAAGGAAAAUCCCUACUAUCUGACAGCUUACAUAUAUCAUUUGUACAUGGGACUCCUCUCAGGAGGGCAAAUUUUGCGUCGGAAGAAAACUCUGUUGGGAAAGCUGAAGUUUUCACGAAAGGAGAAAACUGAAGGCAUGGCAGUCACCGAGAUAACAGAGGGAACCAUAGCAUCCGUGAAGAAAAGGAUUAAUGAAGCCAUGAAUAAGAUAGCUGAAGAAAUGGAUGAGGAUUCUCGUCAGAGGCUCCUGGAAGAGAGCAAGAUGGUGUUUAUCCUUAAUAACAAGAUCGUUCAUUCGGUGCAGGGCGCAGGGGCAGUCGUAGCAAUCAAGCUGCUAAAACUGGGUGUCUGCGGACUAUUUUUUGCUCUUUUGUAUAGGUAUAUUAAGAAGUUUACCUUGGGUUAACGCAAAGGUUCUAGCCUUUCAAGGCUGUGAUAUCAAAUUCAAGGAAGGAGAAAAUAUUCUAUUCGACAGGUUUCGAGGAAAGGCUUGAGUCCAUCGAUCACCAUAUAUUGUAUUGUAAAUACUGUAGAAUAGUGUAAAUAUUUUUGGGGAGCAGUAAAAACUUAUUGUAAUGACAUUUUUCUCUGUAUAUACUGUAUAAUACUCCAUAAUUCCCUCAGUGAAUGGCUCUGAUGUAUAUUCUGCUAAAUGAUUGUUAACUUUUUAUUGACCUUUUAGUAGACUAUUCAGAGAUCAGCAUGUUGUUUAAUAAUUAAUUUUUAGUGUGCUAAAAGGUAACCUGCAUUGCUAGAAGUAUAUUGGUAAAGUUUUCUUAAGGGGUUUAAACAUUUGUUAAACAUAAAUUCUAAUAGUAAUGUUAUGUAUUUAAGAAUGCUUUUAAUUAAUUUGUUCCUCUUUUUAAAUGCAAUAAAAAGUCUCAAGAAUCUCCAUUCUUUGCUAAAUAAUGUGUGAGUAUGUUUAUUCCUACAGUGUGAUAAGAAUCGCAUAAAUUUUUGUAAUGGUAUUAGUCUGAAGAUUUAACAAUGAUUAUUGCUAUUUUAUGAAUUUUUGUUUCAUAAAUUAUUAUGAAAUGUGACAUUUGUAUCACCUCCAGUUUAACUGGCUUUAUAUUUGAUGAAUGUCAUUAGUACUGACAUUCAUCAGAUUCUUCCAAACGUGUUGCAUAUGAUUGACUUACAGUCUUAAAUUUUGUACUAUUUUUUCAUUUAUAUUUACAAAUCUGUAAAUGGAUACAGAUGGUUUAUAUACAGUUGAAAUAUGACCUGACUUCUUAACAUUAAUUUUGUUAAAUUCAAAUUAUAUAUUAAAACUUU